AUGGAUACUAUCACAAAAUUGUCCUUUCUCCUCUCAACUCUAACAUUUUCUCUUUCUGUUCUUGGAACAACUUCAUAUUCUUCUUCAUCAUCAUCAUCAUCACCCCUUGAGAACUUUUUCCAAUGUCUUUCAAACCAUUCUCCACCUUCAUAUCCUGCAUCCAACGCCAUUUACACUCCAAAAAACUCCUCAUUCUUAUCCAUCUUACACAUGCACACAUACAACAACAGAUUUUCAUCACGAACAGCACCAAAACCUCUUGCAAUUGUAACAUCCCUGCAUGUGUCACACGUGCAAGGAACAAUUAUAUGUGCAAAAAAAUAUGAUCUUCAAAUUAGAAUCCGAAGCGGUGGCCAUGAUUGUGAAGGCCUUUCAUAUGUAUCAGAUGUUCCUUUUAUUAUACUUGACAUGUUUCAUCAUGAUUCAGUUGAUAUUGACGUUGAAAACGGAACAGCAUGGGUUGAAGCAGGUGCAACACUUGGUAAGGUUUAUUAUUACAUUGCAAAGAAGAGUCAAGUUCAUGCUUUUCCAGCUGGGGUGUGUCCUACAGUAGCUACUGGUGGUCAUUUUUCAGGUGGUGGUUAUGGUAAUUUAAUGAGAAAAUUUGGUCUAUCUGUUGAUAAUAUAAUUGACGCAAAAAUUGUUGAUGUUAAUGGUAGUAUUCUUGAUAGAAAAUCAAUGGGAGAAGAUUUAUUUUGGGCUAUAAGGGGUGGUGGUGGUGCAAGUUUUGGUGUCAUUCUUAAAUGGAAGAUUAAACUUGUUUCUGUGACUCCUAAAGUGACAGUUUUCAAAGUGCAAAAGAGUGUAGAAGAAGGUGCAGCCAAGGUUGUUUACAAAUGGCAACAAGUUGCAUCCGAAUUGGAUGAAAAUCUUUUCAUAAGAGCUACGUUUGAUAUAGUCAAUGGUACUCAAACUGGUAAAAAGACAGUAAAUGUUACUUUUAUUGGAAUGUUUUUAGGGCUAACUGAUAAAUUAUUACCUUAUUUGAAUGAUAGUUUCUCUGAAUUGGAUUUGAAGAAAAGUGAUUGUAUUGAAAUACCAUGGGUCAAUUCAACUCUUUAUUGGUACAAUUACCCAAUUGGAACCCCUAUUGAAGCUUUGCUUGAUGUGCCCAAAGAGCCUCUUUAUUCCAAUUUUAAAACCAUGUCAGAUUAUGUGAAGAAGCCCAUUUCAGAGGGUGAUUUAGGGUCAAUUUUGGAGUUUAUGAUGAUUAAAAGUGAUCGUAUGCGGAUGGAAUGGAAUCCUUAUGGUGGGAAGAUGCAUAAGAUUUCAGCAUCAGAAACUCCAUUUCCUCAUAGGAAAGGAAAUUUGUUCUUGAUUGAAUAUUUGACAUCUUGGGAUGAAGAUGGAAUUGAGGCUAAAAAUCUUUACCUGAACAUGGCAAAGACAUUCUAUGAUUUUAUGACACCUUGGGUUUCCAAUUCGCCUAGGAAGGCAUUUCUUAAUUAUAGAGAUCUUAAUAUAGGUGCAAAUUAUCCUAGUAAUGCAACAACCAAAGUUGACAUUGCACGAAGUUAUGGGAUCAAAUAUUUUCAGGGUAACUUUCAUAGAUUAGUGCAUGUUAAAUCCAAGGUUGAUCCUCACAAUUUCUUUAGAUAUGAGCAGAGUAUACCACCUCUUUUCCAUUAG